GGAUAUUGUAGGUCAUUACACAUUCUCCUUGCUCUCUCAUCCCGCGUCUCACAAUCCUGUUCGUUGAAACACAUGAAUGUUUAGGAGCUUAUCAGAAACCUAAAUUUCCGUUGGACUUGUGUCUUAUUCAGAAUUUACUGGGAAUAAUGUUUGACCACUGUUUAUCUCUACCACUAACUGAAAGGGUGAAAGAACUUAGUGAUAUUUUCGCUCGUGGAAAUUUACAGGUGUACUUCAUUUUUGUGUGACUUUAUUUCUUAGGAGCUGAGCAGCUAUCUCGUUCUUGUCAUCGACAAUAUAUUCGGUUAUUCAGAUGGUGCAGACGGUUGGGUUUUACAUUCUCUUAAAGAAGCUGAUGAUCCAUAUUUGUUCAAUUGCAUUCGAGAGUUCCUUUCACCUAAUGGGAGGUUCUUGGAGGUUUUGGCUAGUAGAUUAACGUUAGAAUUCUCAACAAGCAAUCCCGACUUCCCACUUUGGAUGUUAUCAACCGAUUCACAAAACACCUUAUGGUCGGAUGAUGACAAACAAUCACGGACACAUUUAUCUAUAAAUGCAUUUACCUAUUAUAUGUUCGCUUUCAUGUGUUUUACAGGGUAUCCCAAAUGGAAACAGGUGAUUGCAUUUAGAUCUAAGUAAUCUGUAUAGGAACUUGUGUUGUGUGAUUUUGAGAACAGUUUAUACUGCGCACUAUUUAAUGAUUACCUAGGUUUUUACCUAUUUACUGAUCCGACCGCAGUAAAUGUAAUGGCUUCUAAAAUCCAAUUUUCCAGAGCUGGUUCUCAAAUGCCUACAUACCAAAAGAUUUAUUCCAAUGAGUCUGUCAAACAGUAUACAAAUGAAUUUUCGGACACUUGCUUUCCUGAUCUUCGCUUAUUUUGGCAGACAGAGUCAGUAUUACAAGCUGUAUGUGAAUUUCUUCUUUCUAGGCGAAUAUGUGAUUAUCCCAAUAGCAUUUCCGGAACCCGUUACAAUCAACCUGCCAGGACUGCCCUUUCUCCUUUGAGUUUUUAUGAGUUGUCCACUAAACCAACUGUAUGUCAACUGUUUUUGGUGAGAUCUUUUCUCAAAUUCUUCUACUUUGCAUUGUUCAAUCAUACAAAUCCAAAUCAUUUUCAAAGUUUACAACAGCAAAUAAUAUGGAAUAAAUUUCUCAAUUAUCGAAAAUAUUUAUACAAUAAUCAAAGCGUGACAAUGUUAUCAGACUCAUCCAUACCGCCGCAUCACAAUAUUAUGAAUCAGUUUUUACAAUUUAUUAUUCAUUGUUUUCAACAUUGGCCUUCUGAUUUAAGUUUUGAAGUUGUGCUUGAGACAUGGCUUUCUAGUAUUCAACCUUGGCGUUACGCCACAGGAUUUUCACAACCGCAUGCCGAUGCUCGUUUUUCACCUGCAGCAACAUGUGAUGGACCAUUAAAUGUACAUAUUAAUGAUGAUGAGAAUUAUUCUGAUUGGAUGACAUUUAUUGCUCGUCACUACAGUCUUUAUGUUGGUUUAUUCUUAUUAUUUCUGAAAAGAGUGAAUAAAAUUGAUUUAAGUGUAUGUCGAAAUGCUCAUAUGGUUUAUCGUGUGGCAAAAGUUUUUUCACAAGAUGGAUUUAAAACGUUAUUAUUGAACACUGAAAGUUAG